GAUUGCCCUAGUUAGCCGCUGGGCUGGAAGAGGCUGAGAGCGUGGCUUCAGUGCAGGCUUGGGAAGUGGCCCGGUUCUUGGCUUGUAGAUAGUGGAGGUGGCGAGGGGGAGAAGAAGGCCGUGACCUUGGUCCUUCCCUACCCCAGGAGUUGUCACGAUGACUACCAGUGGGAGCUUGAUGGACACCCCCCUGCAAACUGCCUUUUCCACCCCGAGCAGGAUUCCCGUGUUGGCCCGGAAAUGCCUGCUUCUUUCCGAUGGGGGGUCCCAAGCCUCCGGCCAGGAGAAUCGGGAUCCAAAGAGGAAGAUGCAAAAGGUGUUUGGUGCCCAGCUUCCCCCGAGAGACCUAGUCGGCCCCAGGCACAAAUUGAAACAGCAGGCUAUGGGCAUGAAGGGAAACCUCCGACCCAGGGCCCCUCUGGAGGAAAUCAGCCCUGGCUCUGUGCGGCAGAAUGUGAAGGUUGAUCCUCCGCCUAGGCCAGUGGACCUUGGAGAUUUGGCCACCAUGUUGUCAAGGGUGGAGGUGACUAGCAGUGGUCAGAGCUGCCCGUCUGGCCUGGCCCAAAGAGUGCUGAUCCGAGGAAACCCAAAACAAAAAGGUGCCUCCUGUGGGAUACAGGUCCAGACCCCAGGACAUCAUGCCAGAUCUUCAUUCUUCUGUAGCAGUCAAGAGUCAACAGAAAGAAAUGUCAUCAGCCAGACCCACAUGAGCAGCGAUUCAGGACAGCCUCGGGCAAGAACAAGGCUACCAGCUCACCAAUCCCCAGGAGAGCAGACCAUCCCUGCCCACUCCACAAUGCUGAACAGUUCCCAAAUUAGACGAGAAACCCACAGCCUCACUCAGCAGGUACUGCUGAAAGGAAAACGUGAAGCCUCUCUUCCCAAGGAUAGCUCUGGUUUCCCUUGGACCUCUUCCCCUCUUAUUAAGCUCACUCCUGGCCAGGUAGGCCAUGCCUCACCAUUCGGACUGGCCAAUCGUGUACCUGUCACCCAUCCACCAGCUCUGGUUUGUACAUAUGUGGGGUCAGGGGUUAAGGAAAGAAGUCAUCUGAGUGUGAGUUGUCCCCCCCUAAGUUCUAGCCAUCCUCUGAUUUCUCCACAGACCUCCUACUCUGUGGUACGCCAUUUGACUGUCUUCUCCAAGACGCCUCAGGCCACCCGGGUUCCAACUCCCAGAGUUCAGAAGGAGCAGAGUGUUGUCAAGCAGUUGUAUGAAGAGAGCUGGGCAGAUCUGGAGGAGGAGCCUGAGAAACUUUCCCCCAUCCCCAUAACUCCUCUCAACAGGAUGUCGCUGGAGCUGAGCAGACAUGAGGUGGGCCCCAGGGAUGUUGGGGUAGCAACUUCAUCGAACAAGAUGUCCCUGGAGCUGAGCAGACACAAGGUGGGCCCCAGUGAUGUUGGGGUAGCAACUUCAUGGAACAAGAUGUCCCUGGAGCUGAGCAGACACGAGCGCAUCAAUAUCCUGAAGCAGCUGCUACAACAGGAGGUAGAAGGGCUGGCUAAGGCAAAGGACAGUCAGCAGAGCAGCAUAUCUCAUCUUAAAAUGAUUGAGCCCCAGUUGGCUAUGAUUCCUUGUACCGGGGAACCCUCAGACCAAGGUUCUGUGCUUCUCAACCUCCAAGGACCUAAGCAGCCCCCUGAUGUUGGGGGUUGGGACGUUCAAGAACUCAUACCACAACCCAACCUGGGUGUGUGUACCACAGCUUCCACCAACCUGACCUCUUUUCAAUGUCCCCACUGUGGCAGCAUUCCCCUUCACUCCCUUGACUCCCUAAGGAGUCCCAUGGGCAUUAUAGGUCCUGCUGUCCUAUCCCUAUGCCAGCAACUAAAUGCAUGGCUGGAAGCCAUUAGACUCCUCUAUGAAAGCUGCCUGGAUGACGAGUGUGCCUUCUAUACAGGCCGAGGCAUUCCUGGCCCCCAGAGGAUCUGUAAGAAUCCUGUGGCCACAUGGCUGGAAAGGCAGGAGGCCAUGGACUUUGUUCCAAUUUCUUCUCCAGCUCCCUAGGACUGUUCCAAACCUCCCCUUAUUUAUUAUACAUGGACCUUAUUUUUUUUAAUCUUUCAAUAAAUUUUAUGACCAUA